AUGGUAAAUCUCCAGAAGUCUUCGAUUAUAUUUGGUAUGAGAAUUCCUCAUAGGCAGAAGAUGCAUUUUCAAAAUAUUUUGGGUAUUCGUAAUGUAGGAGGAGGCGGGAAAUACUUAGGAUUACCCGAGCAGUUUGGGAGAAGUAAAACAGAAGCUUUCCAAGGAGUGGUGAAUGGUGUUAGGAAAACAGUGGAGGGGUGGUAUAAUCAGUAUCUGAGUACAGCGGCAAAAGAGGUACUCAUCAAAUCUAUGGCUCAAGCUAAGCCAGUUUACUCAAUGAAUUGCUUUCUUUAUCCAAAGAAAACAUGCGAGCAGAUUGAUAGUAUUUUGUCAGAGUUUUGGUGGGGUACAAAUGACAGUGGAAGAAGGAAGAUAUCUUGGAUUGCAUGGAAACGGUUAGCUGUAUCAAAGAAUGAGGGAGGCUUGGGGUUUAAGGAUCUACAUGGUUUUAAUUUAGCAUUGCUGGCAAAACAAGCUUGGCGAAUGCCCCAAAGUAUGCAGGAUUUGCGAUAUCAACAUGUCACUUCUUUUUUUUUUUUCAACAUGUCACUUUUGCGGCUCCACGAUCCUCAGCAAUGGCCGGCCCUCACGGGACAUAUGGCGAGUUUAUUAAGGUUUACAAUCGACAAGAUAGGAUGGGAUAUCUCCUUUGAAGUUCAUAUCUUGCGACAGACUACAUUCAUAUGUGGCCACAGGAGCACCAGAUUGGCUGAAGCACGUAUUGGAGAAUGA